AUGAUCAAGUUCAAUGGCUCAGUCUUCAUGCCUUCUGUCCUAACACUAGUGGGGAUCCCUGGCCUGGAGUCAGUGCAGUGCUGGAUUGGAAUUCCAUUCUGUGUCAUGUACAUUAUUGCUAUGAUUGGGAACUCCCUAAUUUUAGUUAUAAUCAAAAGUGAAAAGAGCCUCCACAUACCCAUGUAUAUUUUCUUGGCCAUUUUGGCAGUCACAGACAUUGCCCUUAGCACAUGCAUUCUUCCCAAAAUGUUGGGUAUCUUCUGGUUUCACAUGCCACAGAUUUCCUUUGAUGCCUGUCUGCUGCAGAUGGAACUCAUCCACUCAUUCCAGGCAACAGAAUCAGGCAUCCUCCUGGCCAUGGCUCUGGAUCGUUAUGUGGCCAUCUGCAACCCCCUGAGACAUGCGACUAUCUUCUCUCCACAACUCAUGACUUGCCUUGGAGCUGGUGUCCUACUCAGGUCUCUCAUUCUCACAUUCCCAAUGAUACUGCUCAUCAAAUGUCGCCUAAAGUACUACAGAACUACUGUUAUCUCCCACUCUUACUGUGAACACAUGGCCAUUGUGAAAUUGGCAGCUCAAGAUAUCAGAAUCAACAAGAUAUGUGGCCUCCUUGUUGCCUUUGCGAUCUUAGGGUUUGACAUAGUCUUCAUUGCCUUCUCCUAUGUGCGAAUCUUCAUCACAGUCUUCCAGCUGCCUCAGAAGGAGGCUCGAUUCAAAGCCUUCAAUACCUGCAUUGCUCACAUCUGUGUCUUCCUACAAUUCUACCUUCUGGGCUUCUUCUCCUUCUUUACACACAGGUUUGGGGCUCACAUACCCUCCUAUGUGCAUAUCCUCCUGUCAGAUCUUUACCUGCUAGUCCCACCUUUUCUAAAUCCCAUUGUCUAUGGUGUUAAAACUAAACAAAUCCGUGACCAGGUCCUGAAAAUGCUUUUCUCCAAGAAACCUCUGUGA